ACGGAAAUUAUAAAUCAAACUAGUAGAGAACGAGACGUAGUCAUUCCUGAAGGUUUGACGAGGUUACAAUCAGAUUAUUCGUAUCAAAUGAGCAAGAUUCGUCAUGCCACUCCCGCCAUUCCUUUAACUUUUGCUGCCCAACCCGGAACAUCUACUUUAACUUCACACCACUCACUACAAUCUCAAACCCACAUUUCUCCCAACUUGCCAGCACCCGUUAUGACCCAGCCUAUACCGACACCAUCGCUAGUGGGCGGCAACCUUCCAAACUCUACCACUCCAGGAUCAACUGGUCACUCAAGUCCCCAUCCUGUCUCACCGUCCACUCCAAGUAUCAAAUCUAUCUGGGCAGCUCGAAUUGCAGAAUGCCUGAGUUUCGCCAACGGGAUAGGAAUGGCAUCACUUAUCCUCGCGCUAGCGUUUGGAGUUGGUGCAUGGGUUGGGAUGAACAUGCAGUAUAAACAAGGCGAAAAGA